AUGGGCUCAGAAGUCUGGGUCGGCACUUGGCGGCCACAUAGGCCCCGCGGCCCCAUCGCGGCGCUCUCCAGAGGCCCGGGGCCAAAAUACAAGCUGCCAACGAACACCGGUUACAAACUGCACGACCCGUCUCGGCCUCGAGCCCCCGCCUUCUCCUUCGGCUCGCGUCCACCCUUGCGGCAUGCAACCUGCGGACCGGGGCCGAGUUACCUGGUGCCUGCUCGCAUGACUGUGCGCGGCACUGUUGGCUCCCCGGCCUUCUCCAUCUACGGUCGCCUAAGCCACACGGCGCCUGUCCUCACUCCGGGACCGGGCAGGUACUUCCCAGAACGCGCGGGAAAUGUGACCUACCCCAGCGCUCCUCGGCAUACCAUCGCUCCCCGAAACUGGGGCAUCCUCUCAAAGCAAGAAACCCCAGGCCCUGGGUCCUACACCGUGCCUUCGCUCUUGGGCUCACGAGUUAUAAGCAAAGUCUCAGCCCCAACGUACUCCAUCUACAGCCGCAGCCCUGUGGGCAGCUGCUUCGAGGACCUCAGCAAGACCCCAGGCCCUUGUGCCUACCACGUUGUGAAUCCUAUGAUCUACAAGACUCGAGCCCCGCAGUUCACGAUGCUGGGGCGAACUCUGCCACCCCGAGAGAACACCAAGAAGCCAGGACCUGCAUCCUACAGCGUGGACAAGCACCAGAAGCCUCGUGGCUGGAGCUUCGGGAUCAAACACUCAGACUACCUGGCCCCUAUGAUACGGUACGACGUGGACGACUGA